GGGGAUGCAGGCAGGGAUUUGGGAUACAGGGGCUGGAAUACUGCCAGGGAUGUGGGAUGCAGGAUAAGGCUGGGAUACAGGAGGGGUUGGAAUGUGGGAUGCAGCCAGGGAUGUGAGAUGCAGGAUCCAGGAACAGGGAUCCCCAGGGAUCCACAGGGAUCCACAGGGAGCAGUGCUUUCCCUCUGCUCCCUCUUCCCUAAGCAAUUCCCCUCUCCCUGAGCCCCCGGAUCCAGCCUGGAGCGAUCCCAGACCCCCCAAAAUCCCUCCCUGGCUGGGAUCCCAACCUUUCCAGGGCCUCGCUCCACAGGUAUUCCUGGUUUUCCUUCAGCUCCCAGACUCCGGGAAGAUGCCAGGAUUCCUUGGGAAGAGAGGUUGGGAUGCCUGGGGACUCCUGGGAGAGGAAGAGCCAGAAAUCCACAUCCCUCUCCUUACAAAAAUCCACGUUUUUAUCCUUUAUUCCCACUUCCAGCGGCUCUCCCUGUCUUCCCAAACCCUUUCCUUCCACCCAUUGCCAAAAUCCCAGGGGAAAGCUCCCUGAUUUCCAUCUGGACAAUUCCAUGGAAAAACCUCCCAGAUCCCUCCCAAAAUCCUUUUUUGGGGCUGAAAACACCGGGACAAAAUUUUCCCUGGGGAUGGGAAACAGCUGGAAUUCCAGCCCAGGGAAAAGUCUUGGAUUGAGCCACCCCGUGGCGGUGGAUUUGGGAAUUUUUGACUCCCGAUGUUCCAGUUUUUCAUGGAAAAUUCCUCAUGAGGGGAAAAAUGGAGGAGCUGGUGCUGGACACGGGGGUUUGGGGGGAUUUUAUCCCAAAUUUCCGGGAAUUGAGGGAUGGGUGACUCCAAAACUUAGUCCCGGUGUUUUUUCCCGAACAAAAGAGGAUCCUGGGUGGAAUUUGGGGGUUCCUGAUGGGAAUCAGGCUCUCCCUGCAAAACCCCAACUGACUAAAUCCAGGAAUCUUUGCAAUUCCUGGAUUUUCCCUCCCUGCCUCCAAUCCUUUGGGAAAAGCCCCGGUUCCAGAAAUUCUUGGAAUCAAAUCCCAAUUUAUUCGGGGCUGGUUUUGACCCAAAUCCAUCGCCACAGGAUGAUCCGAUCCAGGACUUUUCCCUUCGGCUGCCCCACCCCAAAGUUUUGCUCUUCCCAUCAAUUUUUCCAUGGAAAAAUGCAGCAUUCCCAACAUUCCGCUUUCCCAGCAUUCCCACAUUCCUUAGCCAUGGAUUGGAGCAUCCCUUUGGAUGGGAGUCAACCCUGGAUGAGGCGGGUGGAGAUUUUUGGGAAGCUGGGAAUCGUUUCCCAAAGAUUCAACAGCUCUGAUGCUUCCUUGGAAAAGAAAACGAAACCAGGAUUCUUAAAAUUCCCCCUUUUCCACCCCUUCCCAAUGGGAAUUUUAACCCCUCUCGCCCCAGAGGGAGAAGGAAAAUUGGGAAUAACCCGGAAUGUUGGGAGCGGGAUUUGUUUUCCAAAGGCGAAGCUUCCUUGGCAGACUCCGGAUUCCGCGGGGAAAUCCCGGGAGCGGCUCCUGGCCCGUCAGGCGGCUCCCAGGACAUCGGAGCAGACAGGGAAGCGCCGGGAAUCGCGGGAUGCCAAUCCCGCCGUGUCCGGAUCGCUCCGAUUUCUCCCGGCUUUUAAUUCCCUGUGAAUCCAGCAGCUGGUGGAAGCUCCCUUGGAAUGCCCCAGGGAAUUCCUGGCCUUGGGAAGGGAGGGAAUGAGCGGAGACGGUGGGGAAAACUGCUCCUGCUUCAUCCCAACGUAUCCAGCAGCGCGGUUAUUCCCGAUUUUUCCUGUGAAUAAGGAUUUUCCCACGUUCCCUCGCAUAGCUGGAUCCCUUCGUUCCCUAAAAAAAACCAAUCCCAGUUUUUGGGCGGAGCUGGAGCCCUCCUGUCUUUCCCAGAUUCCCAAGGGAUUGAUCCAACCUGGAAAACCGGGUCCAAGCCUCAUUCCCGGGAGCAGCCGGAAUCCGGAAUGAAUCCAGGCCCUAAAUCCCAAACUAGAGGAGAAAAUCCCAAAUUCGGCAAGGAAGUCCCAAAUUUUGCGGCUGAGAUCAGGGCAGGACGGUAAUCCCAGGAAAAUCCAAUGUUUUCCAGCUCCAAAUCCAUCUGGAAGCGCCUUCUCCCACCUUCUUGCCACUAAACUCCGGGAAUUUUAGGGAAAGAACGAAACUCCAAGUGCAAAUCCCAAGCAGAGACUUGGAAAAGGGCGGAAUAUCCAUGGAAUACUCAGGAAUGACUUUGGAGACGUCAGCAGAGAAAACCACCUGGAAAAUGGGAUCGGUUGGGAAUUCCGACCCCUCUGGAGGAGCUCAGAUCCAUCCGGGAUAUCCAGGAGCAGCGGGACGCGGUGAGCCGGAUAAGAAGCUUUCCCCGCAUCCCAAAGAAUUCCCGGAAUACGCCACCACCGCGUGGCCUUGGAAAAUUCCAUGGGAGAAUCCAGGAUCCGGCCACUCCUCAUCCCACGGGAUCAUCUUUUCCAAGAGAUGGGAAGGAGUUGAGGAGAUCCCGGAUUUCCCAGGAUCCAGGAAAAUGCCCGGGAUCUCCCAAAGGAUGGAAAAGAAGGGAGGAAAUGGAGGAAGGCACCAUCUGGGGAUGGAAAAUCACCUGGAAUUUCCGACUUUGGAGCUUUUAGGUGGAAAAUUGCCUGGAAUUUCUGACUUUGGAGCUUUUAGGUGGAAAAUCGCCUGGAAUUUCUGACUUUGGAGCUUCACCAGAGGACUGGACUCACCUUGGAUCGGUUUUAGCAGGAAUUUCUCCAUCCUGGGAAUGUUCGGCUGUUGGGAAGCUCCAGAGUCGUUAUCUCCACACAAUUUAAUUAAAGUCUGGCAUUAAUGA